AUGCAUGCUAAGCGAUUUAUUGUUCUCGCUCAUCUCUUGUUCCUGGCAUUAUCCAUAUGGCUGAUGUGGAAUGUUGGUGCAGUCGAGUUUGCAGGCCUAUCUGUGCCAGGCCUUGAUAGACUUCUACCUUUUGAUGUGCCUGCUCGCGAGGCUUUGCGUGAAGGAGACAACGAUUCUCUAUUAAAUAGGGGUGCGAUUCGAUACGAUCCAACUCCAGAGGAUUACAGUAUAACGGUCAUGCGAGCUAUUGAUGGUGUCUGGCAACGUGAUGGUGUUUCGCCACUUUUCUGCGUUAAUUCUGCACUGUUUCGUCUGCCAUUUCUAUCAGUGUCCUCUCGCUAG